AUUUUCUGCACUGAUUCAUGGAGUGACUCGCUGUAAGAGCAGCCUCAAGACCUUAAGUCACACAUUUUCACACAAUUACGGGGCAGGCAGACCCCUCUUAGCAAACACUUGGGAUUCUCUGAGUGUUUUCCAUCAUAUGUCCUCACUGAAAAGACGCUUGUAAAUCUCCUCCCGCCUUCAUUCCUCUCUCCCCCGGCUGCUGCCUCCUCCCUUCACCCCAUCUAUCUCCCCUUUCCUCCCUCUCUCUUCAUCUUUCUGACCCUGUUUUCUCUCUCAUUUCUCCUCACAGAUCUCCAGCAUUUUGAUGUCACAUUCCUGAAGUUUCUGAAGGCCGACCCGACGGCAGACAGCGAUCCGGCCGAAGAUCAUAUCCUUCAUCCCUUCAUCCCCUCAGUCUGAGGACGGAUAAAGAGAGUUGGUGUUUUGAAGAGGACCUGGUGUUUGCUUGGAUAUGGCUUUUCUGUGUAUGAGAGACAGACGCAGAGAGCAGAUCUGAGGUCAAGGCCUUCCUCCUCCUCUCCCCCCGUCACAUGACAGCUUGAGGCACAACCCCGGGGUUGCUAUCGCUACACUGACCGACCUAAAUACUUGUAAACUCAGUCGGAGGAGCAACACAGCCUGGAUCUCUCAGUUGGGAGUGGAAACAGCCAGAAAUAUUUUUGUUUUAUGAGCUGUUCGUUUACAUUCAGCUUCACUUCUCCUGCUGGUGUUAAACACCGUCUCCAAUAGAAAGUUUUCUCUUAAUCAUCUCACGUCGACCUGCCAGAACCAAAAUGCCAGCAAAGACACCGAUGUACUUAAAAACGACAACUCCAAAGAAGGGAAAGAGGCUGCGGCUUCGUGACAUCCUCUCCGGUGACAUGAUCAGCCCACCGUUAGGCGACGUACGCCACAGCGCCCACGUUGGGCCUGAGGGAGAGGGCGACAUGUUCGGAGACGUUGGUUUCCUGCAGGGUAAGAUGGACAUGCUGCCAGCUCUGAGUCGGACGCAGGACGGGCGAUCUCACAGCGUGGAGAGACGGCUGGAGGACACCUACACCUCGAGACAGGACGCACACAACUAUGCUUACAACGGUUACCACUACCAGCACACCGCCGACGGCCUGCUGAAAACCACCAUCUCCAUGCCGGUGUUCAUCGCGCACGAACAGGCGCCACCCAAACCCCCGCGCCUCCACCUGGACGACCCCUCCCCUCCCAGUCUGCCCUCCCAGCAAAACCACUUCCACCCCCACCGGCAGCCUGCAGACUCAAGCCAGAAGCAGGCCAACAAUCACGCAGACGGGCACAGCCAGCUGUUUGAGAACGGCAUGGUGGGCCGUUUGGCGUCAGAGCCGUGCCGUGACAUCUCCCUCUCCCCCGCCAUCCGCAGGCUUGUCCCCUCGUCUGGCUCCUUCUCAGAGGUCUCCUCUGAGGACUCCAUGUCAGAAACCUGCGGGCCCCUGGAUGUUCGCCGGGGCCUCAGUCUGGACUCUGACGCUGGUCUGAGCAACGAGGAUCUGAGGAGUGAGCGCAGCGAGUCGCCCUGCACCGCCUUCCACCCGACCAGCCUCAUGGUCUCAUCCGGCGUGUCGCGGUCAGACUCUAUGGUGGGAUUAGACCUGGAUCUGGGUCCUUCUAUCAUGGAAGACGUCCUGAGUAUCAUGGACCGCUACAAAACGGAGGACAACCGUUGUGAGCUGUGAAGACGCAUUCAUGUGGAUAUUUUUUUAUACAUGAUUUAAUAAAUCUAUAAGACUUAAUAAAGUAAAUAAACUAAAG